AUCUCCUAUCACAAACCGAUGGUUAGUCGGUCUCCUAUCACAAACCUUCUGAAAUUCUUUGGAAACUGCUAACAAAAAAGUUGAAAAAAAAAAUAAAUUCUUUGGAAACUGCUAACAAAAAAGUUGAAAAAAAAAACAAAUUUUUUGGAAACUGCUAACAAAAAAAAAAACGAUGAAAAUAUUCUAUACUAUAGCCCUUCUCCUCUUGCUGCCUGUCGCGCCUCUGGUGGUCCAGGGAUCUCGUGGACUACCGGAAUGCUAUGGCAGCUUCUAUACCGAUGACGACAACUCCUGUGACGAACAGCAAGAGCCGCUUGAAGACGAUUCCGACAUCGUUUCGUGUGAUCCUGGGAGUGCCAUGACCGAUGAGCCGCCACAGGAUGCCUCCUCUUUCAGUUCCAGCAACUCUUGCAAGAACUCUGGCCAGAGACUGGGACCAAAUGCUGCGGCUGCAGCCAUAGCCCAGAAUGCCGCCGAGGUGGCAAAGGCCGCCAAUGAGGCACAGGCCGGUGCUGCAGAAGAUGCCGCCAAACUGGUCAAAACGCAACUGGCGGAGAAGGCAAUGCAGGCAGCCCGUGUCGUCAAUGCGGUGCUGGAGGGCAAGGAGGCGAUCUUCGAGAGCUUCCAGCGGCAGCUACGCGAGGCCGAGGAUGCGGUCCGCCAGGUGAGCGCCUCCCUGGUGAUCAGCGGGGCGAAUGCCCAGAGCGCCAGUGCGGCUAGCACAUGCGCCGACGCCCAGAAGGGACGCAUCAAGAUUAUCAUCAGAGACGCCAUGGCCAGGCUCGUCGACAUCGAUGCCCUCGACAAGCAGGUGAUCGCCGAUCUCCGGGAAAAGUUCGAAAUGGUGGCCAAGGCCAAAGAGCGGGCCAAACGUCUCGAGCGCGAGCUAGUUUCGGCCAUCGAGGAGUGCGAGAAGAUGACGCUGGCCGUCAAACAGGCAGCCACUGCGGCUGCAGAGGCCCGACAAAAGACUGCAGAGGCCCGACAAAAGGUUGCAGAGGCCCGACAAAAGCUCGAAGCCGCGGCAUCCACACCCAAGGGGCAACAAGAGGCCAGAGCCUAUAUUAAAGGUAUUCUUGCGCUCUAUGACCAGCGCCGCCACCAACGUGAAGCCAAGAUGCUGCAACAGAAGCAACAUAUUUAAAUUGAUUUGCUUCUUCCUUUGACAUUUGAUGUUCCCCUGAAUUUGUUAUUAAAGUUUAUUUC